AGGAAUAGCUCGCAUUGUUUGCUGUGCCACCCGCUGAAUAUAUUAUUUCUUAUAUUGACAUUGUUUUGUCCAACAUAAGUGACAUACCUCACAUAUGUUAAACAUGAUGUAUCGGUUUGUCAUCUUAAGUACUAUUGUCACCAUAAGUUCAUAUUCGAGCGUAGCUGAGACCGAGAGGGAAGUGGUUACGGAUCAGGUACAUCAACCGUUAACGGGAAAGUUGGUUUCCUCACCAGACGAGGCCGAGGGGGAAGUGCUUACGGAUCAGGUACAUCAACCGUUAACGGGAAACUUGGCUUCGUCCCCAGACGAUCAAUGGCCCGCAGGGAGUCCUCAGGUUACAGAAGAGAACACGUGCCCGCCAGAAACUUUCCCUCAGAUAAAGGAAUACAAAUGUUGUGUUCGCUGUCAGAAAUCGGAAAAAGGAAUCGGUUAUGAAGUCAACAACUGUACGGAGACCAUCUAUUGCUCAAAUUCUGGAUGGGAAUCGGACCGAUAUAUAACUCUGUAUCUGUCCAACGCUAACCUAGCAGUUCUACCUGAAAAUGUGUUCCGUGGUCUGUCUGAACUGAAACAACUUGACCUGUCCAACAAUAUAAUAACAGUUCUACCCGACAAUGUGUUCAAUAGACUGUCUGAUCUUCGUAGACUUGAUCUGUCCAACAAUAAGAUAGCUGUUCUGCCCGGCAUUGUGUUCAAAGGACUGUCUAAACUGUCUAGACUUGAUCUGUACAACAAUAAGAUAGCUGUUCUACCCGACAAUAUGUUCAAUGGACUGUCUGACCUUGCAAGUCUUGUUCUGUUCAAUAAUCAGAUAGCUGUUCUACCCGACAAUGUGUUCAAAGGACUGUCUAAACUGUAUAGACUUGAUCUGUCCAACAAUAAGAUAGCUGUUCUACCCGACAAUAUGUUCAAUGGACUGUCUGACCUUGCAAGUCUUGUUCUGUUCAAUAAUCAGAUAGCUGUUCUACCCGACAAUGUGUUCAAUAGACUGUCUUACCUUGGUAUACUUGCUCUGUCCAACAAUAAGAUAGCUGUUCUACCCGACAAUGUGUUCAAUGGACUGUCUGAACUUGAUGUUCUUGUUCUGUCCAACAAUCAGAUAGCUGUUCUACCCGACAAUGUGUUCAAUGGACUGUCUAAACUUUAUGGACUUUACCUGUCCAACAAUAAGAUAGCUGUUCUACCCGACAAUGUGUUUGAUGGACUGCGUUUAGAUAAUCUUAGCAGGUUAUAUACUGAUGUACCCUUCCUAUGUUGUGUCAAGCCGAGCUCGGUCGCUGACAAUCAUUGUUAUGAAACAGAUACACCAUUAAUUGAUUGCUGGUGGUCUGGGUGUUCAAACACCAAAGGUGAUGCGAUUUCAUCUUGUUCUGCUUUGGUGAGUUCGGAAGUACUUCGAGUGUUUCUUUGGAUAAUUGGAAUAAGUGCUUUUAUGGGAAACCUGCUGGUUCUAUUUUAUCGACUUUUCCUCGACAGUGAUAAUAUGACAAGGAGUUAUUCUUUUUUUGUAUUUAACUUGGCCCUAUCCGAUUUACUAAUGGACGUCUACCUUAUCAUAAUAGGAGUUGUUGAUAUAUAUUACAACGGUGUUUAUGCAUGGAAUGAUCAGAUUUGGCGAAAAAGCAUCUUAUGUACUUUAGCUGGUGUUUUAUCUAGUGUAUCAAGUGAGAUGUCGACGUUUCUUAUUCUACUGGUAACAAUAGACAGAGUAAUUGCCAUAGUGUUCCCGCUUUCUCGUCUUUCUAGUUGGAACAUAUCAUGGAAACAUGCUUUAAUUUUCUCAGUUCUCUCGUGGAUUGUUUCUAUCACACUUGCAAUAAUCCCUAUUGUUACAAUACAGUCCUACUUCCAAGGGGAAUUUUAUUCUCAGUCAGGUGUGUGUCUCGCUCUUCCUUUGACAAGAGAAGAGUGGCCAGGAACGGAAUAUUCCUUCGCAGUAUUUGUUUGUCUGAACAGCAUCGUCUUUGUAAUAAUAGUCAUAGGCCAAAUCUGCAUUUGCAAAAGCAUGAGAGAAAGUGGUCGCCGUAUUAGCUCCUCGCAGAACCGUCAACGAGAGAUGACUGUAGCAAUUACUCUAUUCUUUGUUGUGGCCACAGACUUUUUCUGCUGGUUUCCGAUUGGUGUCAUGGGUGUAUUAGCAAAAUGUGGAGUACGAAUCCCCGAUGACGUGUAUGCAUGGGUGAUGGUGUUCGUACUGCCUGUGAACGCCGCUAUCAAUCCGUUUCUGUACACUGCUACAGCUAUUUGGAGGAAAAGACGGAAGGUAACGAUGAUGAUACCGAAAGAUCCGCCAGCAGAUAAACAUCAUCGGUAAACAAAGUCCAUCAGUGAGAAACAGCCUGCUAUGUCCACCGCUGUUUAUACAGUUUCAGUCGGUAGAUAAUCAACUUCAGAACACAAACAGUGUCUGCCAGUAGAUAAUCAAACUCAGAGCAAACAAAAGAGUGAAUCAGUUUGAGAUGCAGGUAGUGUAAGUCAGCAACGGAAUACAGACAAAAGGACAUCAUGUCACAUUUGUAUAAUACAUAUUGACUAUUAUUUAACCUAUCUGAUUGCUUUAAUUUGCUCGUUGAUGAAAAUGAAGCACUAUGAUUUGUGAAAAAUUGAUUUUGUUCUUUUAAUCUUAACUACAUAUGUAAAUAA